ACAUUCCUAUUUGUUGCAGCGUCGAGGGCCGCGCAUGCGCUGUUCAGCGUGCAACAUCAUCUCCCAUCACGAGUGCAUCGACGUGCUGGCCGAGAGGCUCAAGUUCACGUGUAAACCGACCUUUAGGGACGUAGGACUGAGGCAGUACCGCGAGCAGGCGAUCGUCGAGCACCAUUGGGUGCAUAGGAGGUCGGAGAAGGGCAGGUGCAAGCAAUGUGAUAAAUCGUUUCAGUCGAAGCUGUCGUUUUCGUCGAAAGAAAUUGUAGCAAUAAGUUGUUCGUGGUGUAAGGCGGCAUAUCAUAACAAAGAGAGCUGCUUCAGUAACCAAAGGAUUAGCGAAGAAUGUAAAUUAGGUAUACAUUCCAGUAUUAUAGUUCCUCCAUCAUGGAUAAUCAAGUUACCAAGGAAAGGCGCUUUCAAGUCUAGCUUAAGAAAAUCUCCAAAGAAAGGUGCUGGCAAGAGAAGGACUAAAGAUAAGGAUAAGGAAAACAAGGCAUUCACAAUCAAGCCGAUCCCCACGACCAACGUAACGCCUGUCAUCGUGUUCAUCAACCCAAAAUCAGGGGGCAACCAGGGCCUCAAGUUGCUGCAGAAGUUUCAAUGGUUGCUCAAUCCCAGACAGGUCUUCGACCUGACUCAAGGAGGUCCCCGUUCCGGCCUAGAACUGUUCCGCAAGGCAGCCAACUUGAGGGUACUAGCCUGUGGCGGAGAUGGAACCGUUGGCUGGGUACUCAGCGUCAUAGACCAGAUUGGAAUCGAUCCGCCUCCCGCUGUUGGGGUACUUCCGCUUGGUACCGGAAAUGAUCUCGCCAGAGCCUUGGGAUGGGGUGGGGGUUACACGGACGAACCCAUCUCCAAGAUCCUCCUGAACAUCAGCAACAGUGAAACGGUAUCCUUGGACAGAUGGUCGCUAGAUGUUCAAAAGAACCCGGAAGCCAACGAAGAUGGAGGAAAAGAGAAUCUGCCUUUGAAUGUCGUCAACAACUACUAUUCACUUGGAGUUGAUGCUCACAUAGCUUUGGAGUUCCAUGAGGCUAGAGAGGCCCAUCCCGAGAAGUUUAACUCUAGGAUAAGGAACAAGAUGUUUUACGGGCAAAUGGGCGGUAAAGACCUGGUGAAAAGAAAAUGGAAAGACCUUACCGAGUUCGUUACGUUGGAGUGUGACGGCCAGGAUAUCACUCACAAGCUGAAGUCUUUGAAAGUUCAUGCGAUCGUCUUUCUCAAUAUCCCAAGUUAUGGUGGAGGAACAAGACCGUGGAAUCGAUCAAUGGGAAGCGUUGAACCCAGUACGGAAGAUGAACUGAUCGAAGUUGUUGGUCUCACCACAUAUCAACUGCCUUUACUGCAAGCCGGCGGUCACGGGACCUGCAUCACCCAGUGCCGUACCGCGAAAAUCGUCACCUCGAAAACGAUCCCGAUGCAGGUGGACGGCGAGGCGUGCCGUCUCGCCCCUUCAAUCAUCACCCUCACUCAUCUGAACAAGGCGCCUAUGCUCAUCAAGAGAAAGGGCGGCAAACUCACACCCACCCAGACUGCGCUAGACAAUCUCAAGAUCACCGUUCAUAGGAUUAGUAUGGCCGAUUACGAGCAGCAUCAUGACGAGAAGGAUCUUUUAGCUCAAUCUGCAAUAAACGUUGGCCAAAUAGAAGUUAAUCCAGCUACAGACUUAGAACAAGUUAGAAAUAUAAUUAAUAAGCUCAUCGAAGAAAAUAAAGAGCAGUCUUCGUCUUUGGAAUGGUGCUUUGUUGAUUCUUGUACGGCCGAAAGGUUCUUCCGCAUAGACAAGGCCCAAGAGAAUCUACACUACGUCUCCGACAUAGCCUUAGAUAGUUUGUACAUAUUGGACUGCAAUGAAGAGACGAUGCCUCAAACACCUGAAAACGAAACUGCCAACGCGUCACCCACUUCCUUUCACGGUGGACCUCUCAGCACUUCAAAAAGCGACGAGGAAAGUAUGAACUCUCCCUUGGACCAAUCGCCUGCAUCCCCGAAAGCAGUUGACUAUCCAUCUCCGGACGAGCGAAUUUCCAUUGAAGAUCGAAAUGGCGAUGAGGGAUCGGACAACGUGAAGAUCAGAAGCGUCAGUGAGAGACUAUUCGGUUUGAAUGAGGAAUCCUUUAGCGCUUACAGCACCGACAGACGUAACGAGUUACUUCUGAAGGCAGCAAAAAGCGGAGAUUUUCAAAAGGUGAAGGAGCUUCACAAUCAAGGAUAUUCACUGUUGACGAGGGAUACAUCAGGACAGACGAUGCUUCACUACGCGGUCAGAUAUGGACACAAAGAGAUCGUCAAAUAUCUGAUCCGAUUCGCUCCAACGUUGCUGAACCUACAGGAUUCUAAUCUGGGUCAAACGGCGCUUCAUAUCGCUGUUACCCACAAAUGGCAAACGAUCUGCUGCAUGCUGGUGGCAGGUGGAGCAUCUCUCACCAUCGCUGAUCACCGUGGUUUAACUCCUAAGCUGCUGGCGAUCCAACUGAAUGAUCAAGGAAUGAUCGCCUAUUUGGAGAGUCAAGAACAUUUCCAAAUGAUCUCGUCCAACGUGGGAACGGACGUCUAAUCAUCACUUUUUUCGAAAAAAAAAACUUCUUAUGGCCUUUCAUCCAAGCAAUGUUGUCUCUAUUUUUCUCGAAUGCCUUAUAUUAUUAUAUCCAGAUUUGUAUAUGGAAACGAAUGUAAAUAUAUCAUAUUUAUUAUUAUUAUUGUACCUAAUGUACUUGGUACAGUUGAUCAAACAAAGUAAACGCAUACUCUUUCUAAAAAUUGUCGGAAAUUGACUGAAUUUUGGCAACAGCGUGAGAAGCUAUUAAAAUCCUGAACGCAACAAAAAACAAUAGAAAAUGCAUGCCUCAAUCAUAGUAGUCCUGGGAGGAUCUCCGCGUCUGCUCGGAGAAACAUUCUGAUUCGUUUUUUUGCAUAAUCUUAUUCAAAAAUGACCGCUUUUAAACCACCAGGCCACAAAAUUGUGACAUGAAAUGAUUAAAUAUUUUUUAAACGAAUUCCAAAUAUUGCUUUUUCCAUACGGACAAAGGGUUUUUGGGCAUUUUCAUGAGAACAUUUUUCGUUCAGAAUGAGCCUAAAAGACCUAAAAAACUUUGCCAAAAUAAUUUUUUAAUUUGUUAUUUGAACUAUGGUAUCUUUGGGCCUGGUUACAUCCAAAAUCGUUAAAAGUGCUCAAUCUUUAAUAAAAUUAUGCAAAAAAACGAAUCAAACUUUUCCAAGCAGCUCCUGGACUAUAACGCUAUCGACUGUUUUCUAUUGCUAUGUUGCCAGAUUUUGCUAAAAUUCUGCGUUUUUCCAAAAAAAAAGCGGCAUUACUUUCUUCUGUCGACUGUACGUCCAAAUUGUGAUAACGUUAUUGAAUUUUUGUUAUCGACCAAACGAACCCUUUCUAUAUUUUCGUUUCGAAUAUUCUAGGCUAAGCGUUUUUUCGUAGUUGAAUCUUUAUAAUUAUUACGUUAGGGAAAUCGAUAUGCAUUUCUAUUUUUACUAUUUCAUCGUAGUCUGUGAAAUAACUUAUAUUGUAGAUAUAUAAUUUUAGGACCAUCUGGGUAUAGAUGAUCAAAGUAAGUUCGUCUUUGUCCAAAUGGUAUUUUGGAAAAACGGUUGUUGCCUGAAUGAGCCCUAGGCAAUUUUAAUGCACUUUAUCAACAGAAUCCGUAUUUUGAAAAAUACAUUAUUUGAAAAAAAAUUAAUAUCACAAUCUCUAAUAACAUCUUAUUUUUCACACGAGUAUAAACUGCAUCCUCCUAGAAAAAUGGAUGUCUUUUAUUGGUGAAAAAUUCAAACAACUACAUCAAAAAUCUUGUUUUUUCCGCAUAGUCCUAAAAUCAUGGGACCAACCCAAAACACCAAUUUUAUCAACAAAAAAAACGCCCUUUCAAAAAUACAACAGUCGUUCAUAAAGUGCACUUUAAAUCGUUUUUUCAACAAAAAACACAUUCCUUGUACAUAUAUAUUACGAAUUGAUGCAUUCCUAAAUAUAUACUAUUUUUCAAUACUUGUAUUAUAGAAUAAAACUUAACCCCUUGUGAUAUUAUAUACUGGAAACCGCUUUCCAUAAUUUGACGAUAGGCUUUUAGGACCUCUGUAAUCAGAAGUGGGAUUUGAAGAAGGAAAUAUAUGGGGAGCGAGAAAGUCCAUCGUAUGUUUUCAAAUUGAAAUGGUUUGUACGAAUAGACUUAUUUGGGACUAAAGGAGAAUGUACGAUGGAUACUUCAACUUAUAUAAAAUAUUUAAGGAAUAUAGUUUCAUAAGUUUACUCUGGCAUAUGAAUAUAAUGAGUAAAUAGUUUGAAUCAUAAUCAGCAGAAACAAGUUGAAGUUGGAGAAAAGGAAAAUGCGAAACUCAGAUUAUUCAGUUUUUAUCAACUAUUAACAUAAUUGCUGAUUUUGUCACAUUCAAAAAUACUUCCUGAAACUUCAAAAAAUGCCCGUUAUUGAAUCUUGAUAAUUUUCUAGAUUCUUUAUGUCCUUAUUUAUUUCUGAAAUAUUCAUAAAUCGGAGUAUGAAGAGGCUUACUUGCCACAAUUUUGCAAUCUGAUUCAUAGGUCAGGCAUAUAAGAAAACAAUUUUGACUAUAUAUUGGUAGCCGCAUACUAAGAGGUAGUUAACUUCUUUAAAAAUAACAUACAACAUUUAUGAUCAUUUUUCAUGAAAAACCGAUCCCUUUAGUUAACAUUAACGCAUAAGCAAAAUGAAAAAAAUUAUAGCGAAAGUUCAGAGCGCCAAAUCCAAAUUCCAUACAAAUUUUUUGAAGGCUUUUGCUACCAAUAAUUCACUAGACUUAAAAUAUUUAUUUGCCUGAUCUAUUAAAUAUAUUUAUAUAGACUAUUUCCUCAAAUAAUACUUAGAUAUACUUAUAUAGAAUUAGUAUUUUACUAGUCACCACAUAAAGAGUACUAAUUUAAUAUUUUAAAAUCUCAGUCCACUUUUUUUAAUGGAAAACAACUGAUUUCUCUUUUCUUGUCGGUGCUAUUUGGACCAGUUGUAACAAAGUAAGGGUUACAUUUGAGAAAAAUUGUCUUCAGAACGAAUUUACACAAACUCGAAAUAUUUGCUCUCACGAGGACUUGGCAGAACUUUCAAUUUGGACACUGUUUUUUAGAGAGAGAGACAGAAACAAUCAAGACUUCAAGCCAUUAUUCAAAAUC